GCCACAACACUUUGACUUUUCUGGGUGACUUUUUAUAACUUCACCGUCUCGCUUUCAGCCAACGUGUCCGGUUCAGUGUUUAUGAGGAUACAGAGACGCUUCCGACGGUUUCACUUUGUUGAUUUUGUUCGCGGAAACUACUUUGUAGCUGCAGGGAGUCUGUGCUUUUUCUCCCGUCGUCCUCAGCUGCGUUUCCGACAUGAGAUCAGGUGGAUAGAGAGUUGCUGCAGGCUGAACAAGUACCAGGGACUGAGAGUCUGAUGCUUGGCUGCAGCUGCCCCAGCCGCCAUCAUGUUUACCAAAAAGAAAAACAAGUCUCGGAUCCAGAUCUCUGCUCCAUCAAACUUUGAGCAUCGUGUACAUACAGACUUUGACGAGCAGGAGCAGAAGUUUGUUGGAUUGCCGCGACAAUGGCAGUCGCUCAUCGAAGACACUGCCAAAAGGCCCAAACCGUUCAUCGAUGCAACGGUCAUCACUACUGUAGAGCCACGAAAGACAAUUGUGCGUGGCAACAAGCUGGGAGUGGACGGCUCCCUUACAUGGCUAUUGGAUGAGUUCGACACCAUGUCUGUGACUCGCUCCAACUCCCUACGACGAGGCAGUCCUCCCAUACAGCCACGUAAAGACUCCUCAGGGGGAGGAGGGGGGCAGGAGAAUGGAGACCCCCACCACAGACACUACACACACUCAGACAGACAAGACAGAGACCGACCCAGACCAGACCACCAGAGUGGAGGUGAUCCCCGUCAGAGUCAGCGAGCGCUCCGUCCUCCUCAGCGGGAUGACGGAGUUCAGGGUCGGCCACAGCAGCAGCCUCGGGGCCAAGAGCCUAGCAGGGUCCACAGGGACAGACCAGGCUCAGGCCCCCCUCCUCCCCCUCACAGAGACAGAACGCCACGGGAUCGGGACCAGGAACAGGUGCCUCACAGGGAUCAGUCCAGUGAACACAGGCCAAAGUCCAGCUAUACUGUCCGUGAUGGCAGCCCCCAGUCACCAAGGGACAAGAGGCCUCUCUCUGGACCCAACAUCCGCACACCAAACCUGCCAGUGACAGAGGGGGUGAUAAAGAAUGCCCAGCAGAACACAAGGCCAUUUAACACAUACCCAAGGACAGACAGUGAGGGUGGACGAAGCCCCACAGGACAGCCGGUCCGACAUCAUGAACCCUCCCCUCAGAACGGCCCCUCUGGUGGCUCUACACGAGGUUCCUCCGGCUCUAAACCCCCUAUAAGCCACCCGCACCCCCAUCACACUUCACACCCAAGCCUGACCCCCGAAGCCACCCAGCACCCUCACACGCCCCACCCUAACGUCCCUGCCCCGCGGCCCCCUGUGCCCUCUGGGCCACCUUCAUCAGGCGCUCCCCCUCAAGGCCGCUCACCGCAGAGGGAGCCUCAGAGGGUUUCUCAUGAGCAGUUCAGAGCGGCGCUACAGAUGGUGGUGGAUCCAGGUGAUCCACGGACCUACCUGGACCAUUACAUUAAAAUAGGGGAAGGGUCCACAGGGAUCGUGUGUAUCGCCACGGUGAAGACCACUGGGAAGCUGGUGGCUGUGAAGAAGAUGGACUUGAGGAAACAGCAGCGCAGAGAACUCCUCUUCAAUGAGGUGGUGAUCAUGCGAGACUACCACCAUGAGAAUGUGGUGGAGAUGUACAACAGCUACCUGGUUGGAGACGAGCUCUGGGUCGUCAUGGAGUUUCUGGAGGGUGGAGCCCUCACUGACAUUGUGACGCACACCAGGAUGAACGAGGAGCAGAUUGCCACCGUGUGCCUGUCUGUCCUGAAGGCGUUGUCUGUCCUCCACACACAGGGUGUAAUCCACAGAGACAUAAAGAGCGACUCCAUCCUCCUCACUCAUGAUGGCCGAGUGAAGCUGUCAGACUUUGGCUUCUGCGCUCAGGUGUCUAAAGAAGUGCAAAGAAGGAAGUCUCUGGUUGGGACACCAUACUGGAUGGCACCAGAGCUUAUUUCCAGACUGCCUUAUGGACCAGAGGUGGAUAUCUGGUCUCUAGGGAUCAUGGUCAUUGAGAUGGUCGACGGAGAGCCGCCAUACUUCAACGAGCCACCACUCAAAGCCAUGAAGAUGAUCCGAGACAACCUGCCUCCCAAACUAAAGAACCUGCAUAAGGUCUCUCCUCUCCUCAAAGGCUUUCUGGACCGGAUGUUGGUGCGUGAUCCUGCUCAGAGGGCCACAGCCAGCGAGCUCCUCAAACAUCCGUUCCUGACGAAGGCGGGUCCGCCGUCCUGCAUCGUCCCUCUUAUGAGGCAGAACAGGAUGAGAUGAGACCUGUGACGCUGAGACCUCCGGACUGUAGAGGGCAGCGUGUCAGGUCCAGAUGGAACAGAAAACUCCUGCACACAGACGGGAGGUCGAAACUGUGCUGAGAGACGCGGAGCGGGUGUGCAGGAGUAUUCUCUUUCUCCUCUGUGAAUCACUGAACUGUGGGGCGUGUGCUCCCUCAACAAGAGGCAAUAAGGCAAAGUGUGAUUGUGUGUGAGUUUGUAAACGUGGGAAACACUGUCAGUGUUUCAUGGCUCGUAAAUGUGAGAAGAACAGCAGCGAAGCCACAACCUGCCUUUCGAGUGAUUUUAUUUCAGUUAAACAUUUUGUUUCAAUCCAAGGGCCUGACCUGGAUUGAUUUCAGCUUUUUACUUAUCUGUUUGGACCUGAGCUGGAUUUCAAGUGUGAAGGUGGUUUUGCACACCAAUCAGAUGUUUUGAAGGAGUCCGAUGGCUGAUUUUAGACACUUUUUUAAUCUCACUAUGACGAUCUGGAGCCAAUUUUUCUCACUACAUAGACUCCUGACGUGGACGGAUCCCAAACAUCCAGAACUUACUACUGAGGGAGGACAGACUUUUAUUUUGUAGCCGUAUAAACACUAGCUUCCUGUUGUAAACAAGCAGACCUACACAUACACUACGUCAGGAGAUAAACACUGGAGUUGUGGUUUUUUUUUUUUAACAGAUGAAUUUUACUCUUUUUUCCUCUUUAUUUUCCUGUGUAAGUACAAUGAACAUAGAGAGAUAUAUCAGUUUUGAUGUUUUACUAUCUCUAUUUUGUGAUUGUUUUAUGAUGAUGACGAUGAUUUGUUUCAUGGUUUAUUUUAGAGAAAGAUGUGAUUGAUGUUUUGAAGCACUGUCAAUAAGAGAUAGAAGCUGCACUCCCGGUUGAUUUCAGAUAAUAGACACUAGACGAUUUAUUUUGUUUAUUUUAUUAUUAUAGACCACACCAAAUUAGCAGGAAAGUUUUUACAGAAACAAAAGCGACAGAGAGAGAAAAAAGGCACAAAGUCACCCUUUAAAGUUAAAUUGGUCCUGACAAAACAACUAUAAGUUUUCUAUUUUCUGGUUUUCUUCCAAUGACUGGUCUUAUCUUUGUCUCUAUUUCUAAAGAGCGAUUUAAGCAGACAUGCUGUACGUGACUCGAUCCACAAUGCAUCUGAGGUAGAAAACAAACACAAGCUGCUUCUUAGGCAAUCAGUAAUUUUUCUGCAGUAUAAUAGCAACACUCACACAGCGGACCCUCUUGAUUGUUUACUGUCUUUUUCGAUUAAUGUUUGAUUGCAGCACCCGACUUCCCCUCCAGUGUUUUAUUUAUAAACCACAAAAGAAAACUCAAUAUGCAGAGCAGUAGGGAAACCAAUGAGGAAGAUUAGAUUUUAUCUCCCAUAAUUCUUUCUGCUCAUCCUUAGCAGAUAUGGGAUCUGUUGUUACUGUUUGCCAGCAUUCUUGUAUUCAGAGUGGAACAUUUAGGAAAUGACAGAGAGACAGAAAAGUUGUUAAUCUGUAGAAACGUGUUCAUCAGAAUCUACUUUGACCACAGAAAGCAGUCUUUAAUAACAUGCAUGCACAUGAUGAUAGACAGAAGUGAAAUAGGCUAAAUUCAGGGUCCAGGAUCGAGUUCAUUUUGCUGCUGUUACUUGUUGCAUCAUGUUAUUCACACCAGUUCCUGCAAUUACACUCAAUACCUUUACAUGCAGUCAUUAGUCGGACUUUACCUGAACUUUUAAAAUGCAUUUAAGCUUAUUAGUCUGAUUGAAAUCAUACCAAAUCAAAUUUCUUGAAGUCGGACCUAAAACGCCAAGAUAAUCUAACAGUUUCUGCGCUUGGUUUUGAUCCAGAAAUCUGCAGGAGUAGCUGAAGUCAACUUGUUGUCUGCCUGCCACCCUAAGCUGAAGAGGCUGCAUGCAUCAUACACCCAAAAUAAAGUGAAGGACAUGCAAGGAAUCUGUAGAUCUUUGGAAUCGUCCAUGUUUUCAGUGUUCCUAUUACAAUGAGUUAGCUGCCUGUUAAUGUGUCUGCAAGGUCAGGGAGAGACUAUGACAGUGUGCUGACACAAAAACAUGAGUCAGAUGGCCUAAAUCUGUAGCUCAACUUCACUCUGCAUGUAAACGUAUUGACUAAAUUUUUUAUCACCCAUACCAAACUUCACCUACAGACCGCCUCAGCAGCCUUGCAGAAUCAAUUUCUGCUCCUUUUGGCAUAGCACUGGUUAUUUUCAUCGGUCUUCCCCUCUUGUGUUUGUCAGCAGACUUCUGUAGUUUCACACUGUAUCUAAUAACAAUGAAUACUCUGAAAAUUAAAAAAGAAAACUCAGUGCCUCUCUAACAGAGAUGCAUAUAAACACAGGCAGCAAGCACAUUCCCAACUGCUGAGGCAGUUUUUUUUUGUCUUUUGUCUGUCUUCCACUUCAGCUGCCGCAGAGAGCUUUCCUCUUGUCAGACCAAACCUCGGUCAGCGAGACACUUUAAGAUUAGGAACACAGAAUACUAAAACCCUGUGAAAGUGAAAGCAGAGGAACAUUUUUCAUGUUCAGAUGCGGUCUUGUCAGGGAUACUCAUUUUUUGAGUCCUCCUCUAAGGCUGCUGACAUGCCAGACUAUUUUCAAAAAGCAGGAGACCAUGGGUAUGUGGAUGGAUUCAACUGAUUUUCAACUUUUUAAUGCUCUAAAUAAUAGAUGAUUUAACCAGGCUGUGAGACCACAUAGCUGCUGUUUUUAGUAGCAAUUCCACAUCUAUGAGAUCUCAUAGAAAUUCAUGUGAUCAAGUGUGAUUUCAGCAGAAAAUCAAAUAUGUCUGCCAGCCUACUGUGGCAUUUCUUGCAUGAGACAUAGAGGCACUUGUGUUGUUGCCAUAACUCAAUAUUUCACUUGGCUUAGGGCACAGUUGUGUUCAAGUUCGCUGCCAUGUUUGUGAGCUGUAAAAGUAUGCAUCAUCCAGUUGGAGACCUCUGGGUCUGCUCGCUCCCAUUGCCUUUUGUGAGAAUUCCUUAGGCAGGCAGGAUGACCCAGAAUCGAGCCUAAAAUCAGUUUGUAGCCAGCCUUAACAAAGCUGUUUUCACAUAUGCACUCCUGGAAAUGUCUACAUUUAUAGCUACCCUGAAAUCUUCCUUGAUUAUUUUUAAGCUUAAGUACCUAAAAGCGAGUGACUUUCCUGGUCAGAAUUUCAUGAUUUUUUCCUGCUGCGUUCACAUCAGCACACAUUGACUUCACAUGGAAAAUUGAGUGGGCUGGCAGGAAAAAGUCCAGGUAAAUUUGGAAAAUUUACCCGUUUUCUUUCAUGCAGCUUGCCCUUGAAAUUUCUGGACGUUUUCAGGAGUUUGUGCAUGUAUGAAACAAACUUAAAACACACUUCCAGGGUUCUUCAAAGUUGUAGCCCAUAUUUGGUUCAUGCAAUUUCUUUAUAUCAGAGACUGAACCCUUGUGAGGAGUAGCAACACAAGAGUAGGAGGAAGACUUUUUUUAAGUAGGAAGUUAGUUUUAUUCCAAGCUUCCAGUUUUCUAAAAUUGUCCAUCAUACCUGCAGAGCACAGUAGCUACAGUGUGAGGAGACUGUCAUUAUUUUGUAGCUGCACAUGUUUGAGGAUGUACAACACUAACUUCUUUAGAAAAGCCACAGCAGUAGCCUUUAGAGUAUUUUUCACUGUUGUUGUAGGCUGCACUUUAAACCACACUGAUCAAACUUCCUUUCAGGCAUGCUCUGUCUGCAGCUGCAGGCUAACAACAUGAAUCAACAUGUGUCGUCAUGUUUUCAUGCUUCAGAUCAUGUGCAGCCUUUUGUUAAUCUUAAACUUUGUCCAGAACUCUGCAUUUUUUCCUUCAAGAACACUCAUCGAGGAGAAAUUCUAGUAGGCGUGUUGUACUUUGGCUCCUCUGCAGCUCAGCCGGCAGAGCGUUUUCAGCUGUGUCAGUUUCUGGAUCUCUUUGUGGUCAAGUGGGUCAAUAAUGACUCACACAUUAUGAAACACUCAGAGAUCUUUAAUGCUUUAAUCAGAGAAACAAAGGUAGAGCUGAAUGAAUGAAGAGGACUGAAAGACAAUCAGCUGGAGGGGAGAAGAAAAAGUAAAAUAAGACCUUGUAUUUUUCUGAUUUGACAGGUUUUUUCUCCUGUCAGAAUUAUACAUAUAAAUGUUAAUGCUAUUUUUAAAUCUGGUUAAAAUGUACAUGUAGAUGUCCUCUGAAAUAGCUAAUGAAAGUUCUUAAAGAUCACUACAACUAGACUCUACACUAAACUUUGGGUACAAAGCAUCUAUCAUGUUUCACAUGAAUGGCUAAUGUCUGGAUUCCUACUGAGCAGUAGAUGAAAAUCUGAGAUUUUCACAAUAAUGUCAUUACAGCACAAAGAACGUUAUUACCCUUUAAAAUAAUAAUAAUAACAGUGGCCCUUUUUGAGGCAGAAAAAUAAGUAUUGUUGUUUUGAUGAGAUUUGUAGUAGGGAUGGGGAACACUUAUCAAUUCAUUUUUCUGCACAGAUUGUAAAAAUCAAGGCCAUUACCCGAAAUUGUUUAAAAUAACAAUUUAACCCAUGACUGAUUCCAGUGCCAAUUUUUUUAAAUUGCUUAUUUUAGUGUCAGACUAGCAUUGCUCCAAUAUUUCGUCUCAUGUUUGACCGUGAAAACCCACCAGAGUUUGUCCAACAGGUCCCUUCCUUUUCCCAAUAAAUGCCAAACAGAUAUUCUGUUUCAAAGUCAGCAGUUAAUGUGCUAAAUGCCAGCACUGAAUAGAUACACAAUACAUAAACGUCUGCUACUGGUGCCCACAAUUUUCAAACGUGCUGAUAUUGUCUAAUGCAGUUAAACCGACGCGUCUGUGCAUCCCUUUUGGCAGUCAGUGGCUUUGAGGAGGAGGAUAACCGACCUUCAGCAGCAGCAGACAAGCUGACACACAGCUGAAGCUGCUAAAUUUGGGAUUUAUUUGAUUCUUAGUGCUGAUAUGCUUCAUAUCAGGUUUAUUCACAACUGUGUUAGACAAUCAUUUAGGGAUGCUUGAUGUUAUUGGCAUUGGCAAAUGUUCUGGCAGUAGAAAUCUGCUGUAAAUAUUGGCCGUACCAACAAAAGUCAGUGGAGUUUUGGGCUGGUCUUUUCCUUCCUUAAAAUUUGAAUUGUGUGUUUUUAGGACUGAUAUUAAGGUCUGAACUCAUUUAAAUAUCUGUAUCUAUAUUGGCUAAAAAUGAUUUAUGAAGAGCAGCAUAUUGGAUAUUGACAAAAAGCCGACGUUCUGCAUCCCUACAAUCAUUCUCCAGCGAUUUGUUAAACUGAUUUAGCUGUGUCUGAACUCAAAAUAUGACAUGGAGUUACAGGACCCACAAGACUCCAUAGCAGCAUUGAUUUGCUUAACUUUAUUGCCUUUUGGCUUUUUAAAAUUGCAGCUCUGGGUCCCUUUGUCGCUAGGUUUCCAUCUCCAUCCCCACUAAUGAGAGGUCACACUACGGCCCACAGAGAAAACCCGCUGUGCUUCAAUCAUUGCUCUGAAAUGUUAACAACCAAUCAUUUAAUUAACCUCAAACUUUCUGCUCCCUUUGUGACUUUCUGAAAUAUUUGUGAACUUUACUCUGGCUUUGAAAUCUUUGAUUAUUUAUUUUCCCACCAGUGUCUCUAGUACUCUGAUUAUUAAGACUUUUAUUGUGUUUUUCAAUCACUGUUUUUCGUCCAACUUUGGUUCAGUUUAGCUGUAAACACCCUGUGCUAUGAAACUGUUACUUCAUCCCACAUCACAUCCGUUUUUGUUUCUUUUGUUGUCAAUGUGAAAUCCUGGAUGGUUUUAUUCUGCUGUUGGACUGAUGUUUCUCUCUCCGUGGACUGUAAACACAUAAAGGACCAGAAUCUA